AUGUUAAAUAAAAUCCUAAGAUCAAUAAACAAGUUUUCAACUGUGUAUCCAAAAAGGAAUUUCAACAUCGAUUACUUGUAGGACGUAGAAAUCAUCACAAGAGAUUAUUAUGGUAGUUUAAGGAAUAUCUUAAAGUCAUUCUCAAAUCAUAAGAUCAAUCUCUAUGAUAUCGAAACCCUAAAGUUGAAUAGAACAACUAAAGGCUAGAAGAUAGUGGUAAAACUCACCUUUGAGAAAGUUGAAGAUUAUAAAUUUAAUGAGUUGGUUUUUGACUUGUAGUAGAGAUAUGACGAAGUAGUCAUUAAUAACGAUUCCUAAAUUCCAACAGUUCCUUGGUACCCUAGAAAUGAUGAAGACUUAAAAACAAUUGGGCUAAUCAUGUAGGUAAAUGAAGAAAACAAUUAAGAUCACCCUUAAUUCAAAGAUUAGGAAUAUAGAAAAAGAAGAGAAGAAAUAGCAAAGAUAUCAUAGGCUCAUAUGGUGGGAGAGCCAGUGCCCUAUAUAAAUUACACAUAAGAAGAAGAAGAAACGUGGAAAAAGAUAUACACAAUUUUAAGAGGAAAGGUUGAACAAGUGAUGUCUCAAAGAUAUCUAAGAAAUCUAGCCAAAAUAGAAAAUGCUUUGGGAUUUAAAUAUAAAAUUCCUUAGUUGAGAGAUAUUGAUUCCUAUCUGAAGGCAGAAACUGGAUUUAGGAUAAAAGCAACUCAUGGAAUUUUAAGUCAAAGAGAAUUUUUAAAUUCUCUAGGACACAGAGUAUUCUGUUGUACUCAAUACAUGAGACAUCAUUCCACACCAGAAUAUACUCCAGAACCAGAUAUUGUUCAUGAAUUAGUGGGUCAUGUACCAUUAUUUGCAGAUAAAGAAGUAGCCGACUUAUCUUAAGAGAUUGGCAUUCUCUCAUGUGGAGCAGAGCAAAAGGAUUUAUCAAGACUAGGAACCUUGUAUUGGUUUACACUUGAAUUUGGAGCCUGUAAAGAAAAUGGACAAAUUAAAGGAUAUGGUGCAGGAAUCGCUAGUUCUAUUGGAGAAUGUGAACAUUUCCCAAAAGCUAAAUAUGAAAAAUUUGAUCCUUUCAUACAUGCAGACAGGGCCUACCCUAUACAAACUGUAUAGCCGACUUAUAUGUAUACUGAAAACUUUGAUGAAGCUAUGCAAAAUUUGAUUAUCUUCGGUAAAAGUCUAUAAAAGCCUUUUGGAUUGUACUACGAUCAUAUCGAGAAAGAAUUAAAGGCCACAAGAAGGAUUAAAACUCAUCUUAAUAGUCAAUGA